AUGUGGAGUCCAGAGAAGGAGGAUGGCGGGCCUCCAGCUCCUGCCCGCUCCCUGACCCCCCGCCACAGGAUCCUCACCGCUCUGCUGUACUGUACUGGGGACAUGGAACACUUCGGCAAGAUCAUGGAGGUCCCAGAUAGACCCUUCCCUCUGCAGCUGGUUGACUGGCUCCUGCGUGGAGUGGCUAGGGUGAUCCUGGCGAACAACCCCCUGAGCGGUGCUCUGAUCCUGGCUGCGCUGGUCAUGGCCAGCCCCUGGCAGGCCCUGCUGGGCACCGUGGGACUCACGGCCUCCACCCUCACAGCUGUCAUCAUAGGGCAGGACAGUGCUGAGGUAGCUGGUGGUCUGCAUGGCUUCAAUGGGAUGCUGGUGAGCCUGCUGAUGGGCGUGUUCAGCUCGGCUGGAGACUGGUACUGGUGGCUACUGCUACCCGCCCUCCUAGGGGGCGCUACAUGCACGUUCCUGUUCAGCGGCCUGGCUCCCUUGCUGGACAAGUGGGAUCUCCCGGUGGCCGUGUUUCCCUUCAACAUGGUGAUCGUGCUCUUCCUGUCUGCCACCGGCCCCCACAACGCCUACUUCCCGCACUACCCCGCCACACCACCGGGGGCGACAGAGGACCUCAACCACACCAUGCUCGACGUCCCACAACUCCUGCAGGGGGUGGUAUUGGGUGUUGGGCAGAUCUAUGCGUGUGGAGCUCUCCCAUCCACCCUGCUGAUCCUGGGGGCGGUUCUCAUCUUCUCCCCCAUCAUGUGUGUACACGCCCUGCUCGGCUCAGGAAUCGGCACCCUGGUUGGCCUGUCCUUGUCGGUGCGGCACGCUGCCCUGUAUUCGGGCCUUGCUGGCUUCAAUGGAGCGCUGGGCUGCAUGGCGGUGGGCGGCCUCUUCUUUACCUUUAGCUGGAGGACACACCUCUUCGCCAUCGCCAGCGCCUUCCUCUCGGCAUACGCCGACAUCGCCCUGAGCAACCUCCUGGGCACGGUGGGUCUCCCAGCAUGCAGUUGGGGUGCCACGCUGGUGGCCACGCUCAUGUUGCUGCUGACGGCGCGUAACCUCUCCGCCUACCGCAUUCCGAUUGGCCGCGUGGGCUCCCCGGAACACAACCUGCACAAACACAGGAGGUGGGAGGAGGGCGCCAAAGAGGACAGCACCGACGUCUGACCAAAGAGGACACGGACAAUGAAACACUGACACUCUUAACACACAC